AUGAUUAUACAUUGGAUGAUUACAAUAUUAAGCCUGAGUCUGUAUUGGAUUUUAUUUGUGUAAAUCAGAGAAUACAUGGUUCAAUGUCAAUCUUUAUCAAAACAUUAACUGGAAAGUCUAUUGUUCUGGAUAAUAUUUCUGGUGCCAAUACUUUCGAUGAAAUUAAAGAAAUAUUUUACAAUAGAGAAGAAGAUUAUCGCACCUUAUCAGACUACAAUAUUCAAAACGGAGAAAUAUUACAUCUUAUACUCAAGCUACGUGGUGGGAUGUUUCAUGAGACCAGUUGUCGAACAGAGUUUGAUGCAUUGCCACCACUUACGCGUUAUACACCAACAAAUGAAGAAAUUCUACAAAGUGGCGUUCAUAUUGAUAUUGCUUGCGAUUACUGUGGUAAAAGCGAAUGCCCUGAUUAUGAUUUGUGUUGUAAUUGUAUUUCAAUGUCUGAUUUGCUUCAUAAUGUUCAGCAUAAUUUUUUGAAACUUUGGAUUCCUCCAAAUUCAAACGAUAAUUUAAAAAAUAUCCCUGUUCCCUCCGUUACCAUCCAUCCAAUAUUACCAACUACAAAAGAAGAAAUGUUAACAUUGCUUCAAAAAGAAGAACAACAACGAUUAUCACCUGAAAUACAAAACCAAUUUUAUAAAGUUGGAACUGAUCCCACACUUGGAAUGGAUUGGAUGGAUGUCACUGAUAAGAUGCAGUAUGGUUUAGUUCGUGAAUCUGGAUAUUCGGAUGAAGCUGUGCAAUUGUUACGUCGUGCUCCACAUAUUUACAAAG